AAUGUUUAUAAAUAAGGCCACGUAGAGAGGGAGUUGAGAGGGGAAAAUUGAACAAGAGAGAUUAAAUUUGGGCAAAGGGGAAGUAUUGGGCUGUCAUAAUCGUUAUCAUGGCUGGACAGUCCAGAAAAUGGAUGAUCCUUGUGGCAACCAUAUGGAUUCAGGCGUUUACAGGGACGAAUUUUGAUUUCUCGGCCUACUCGUCGGAGCUGAAGACGGUGUUGGGGGUGUCUCAGGUGCAGUUGAACUAUUUGGCGACGGCGUCGGAUUUAGGGAAACUGUUUGGGUGGUCUUCUGGGCUGGCUUUGAUGUAUAUGCCAUUGUGGGUUGUGAUGUUCAUGUCUGCUUUCAUGGGGUUUUUUGCGUAUGGCCUUCAGUGGCUUGUUAUCAGGAGUAUCAUUACCUUGCCAUACUUUCUGGUGUUUCUUCUAUGUUUAUUAGCUGGCUGCAGCAUCUGUUGGUUCAACACAGUGUGCUUUGUUCUUUGUACUCAGAAUUUCCCUGCAAAUCGCCCUCUUGCAAUCUCUCUCACCGUCAGCUUCAAUGGCGUAAGCGCAGCACUAUAUGCCCUUGCUGCCGAUGCCAUUAACCCUUCUUCAGAUUCACUGUAUCUUCUUCUGAAUGCCGUAAUUCCUCUUCUCACUUCCAUUGUUGCCCUUCCCCCAAUCCUCCGCCAACCCUCUUUAGACCCUCUUCCUCCUGAUGCCGUUCGCCGCGACUCCCUUAUAUUCCUCAUACUGAAUUUCUUGGCUGUCCUCACAGGCGUCUAUCUCCUUCUCAUUAGCUCAAUUUCAUCCAAUGCAACAACAUCUCGUCUCCUCUUUUCUGGGGCCAUUUUUCUUCUUGUCCUCCCCAUAUGUAUCCCUGGUGUUGUUUAUGCUAAGAACUGGUUUCGGAGAACCGUCAAUUCUAGCUUCCGCCUUGAUGGCUCUGGCUUCAUUCUUGUGGAUGCUGAUGAUCUUGAGCUUCACAAAGAGCUCAUCACACGAUCAGGCAGUGGCUAUGGGAAUGGAAUUUCUGAUAUUAUCAAGAGCAAUGGAUCUACUCAUGAAAUUGUUCGAUACAAUAGCGUAGAACGUGAAAGUUGUUGUGAGAAAUUGAUGGGAAAAGAUCAGUUGGUAAUGCUUGGAGAAGAACAUCGAGCUCGUAUGCUUGUUCGUAGGUUGGAUUUUUGGCUAUACUACAUUGCUUACUUCUGCGGGGGAACGAUAGGGCUGGUGUAUAGUAACAACCUAGGGCAGAUUGCACAGUCUCUUGGCAAUAGCUCUGACACUUCAGCUCUAAUCACUAUCUAUUCUGCCUUCUCCUACUUUGGCCGCUUGCUUUCUGCCGCUCCUGAUUACAUGCGUGCGAAGGUCUACUUUGCAAGAACCGGGUGGCUUAGUAUAGCGCUUCUGCCAACCCCAGUUGCCUUCUUCUUGCUUGCGGCAUCAGGCAGCAGCGGCAGCAUCUUGCACGCAAGCACCGCACUGGUAGGGCUAAGCUCAGGGUUCAUAUUUGCCGCGGCUGUUUCAAUAACAUCAGAGCUGUUUGGACCCAAUAGCGUGGGAGUCAACCACAACAUUCUCAUCACCAACAUACCAAUAGGCUCCCUUGUGUAUGGCAUGCUUGCUGCAAUAAUCUAUGAUGCCAACAUAGGCUCCAGCUUAAGAAUGGUUACUGAUACAGCAGUGUGUAUGGGUACGAGAUGUUAUUUCUUGACGUUUGUCUUGUGGGGAAGCCUCUCAGUUAUAGGGCUAGUGUGCAGUGUGCUUCUAUUCUUGAGAACUAGACAUGCAUAUGAUCGGUUUGAACACAAUCGGAUUUCAUCGCAACUGUAUUAAUAGCUUAAUUACUAAAGAGGAAAUGGUGAUGGUUAUUAAUAUUUCGGUUAAGAUUCAAUGAGUGGAUUGUUGGAGGAGCAAAUUAAGUACUUGUAUAGAGAUAUCAAUGUUUACAGGAGUGCGUUUGAUAUUAUUUACAAGAAACGACAAAGGCUAAUAAUAAACAAGCCAAUUUUCUA